UUAUGGCAGCCUUAAAGGACCCAGAAGUGGAAGUGGAUUCGACGAGAGCCCUGAUCCAACAUUGGCGCAUCUUUAGGCUGGUUGGCUUGCAUCCACCGGAUGGUGCCACCUGGUGGGGUCGCCAUUAUCGUAUCUACUCCAUCGUUUGGAACUUCAUCUUUCACAUCUGUAUACUAACAUCGUUUGUGGUGAACUUCCUGUUGUCCAACUCUUUGGAAAGCUUCUGCGAGAGCCUCUGCGUGGCCAUGCCGCACACUCUCUAUAUGCUCAAGCUGGUCAAUGUCGGUCGGAUGCGUCGGAAGAUGAUGCAUAGCAAUCGAUUGCUUCGGCACCUGGAUGGACGCCUGAACUGUGAUCAAGAGCGUCGCGUGAUCAAGGAGGGCGUUGCCCAGGCAAAUUUCUUUUUUCGGCAGACUGGACGUGGCUUUGUCUGUGUGAUAAUCGUUGGUAUCCUUUAUGUUAUCAUAUCCAGUGAACGCACAUUGAUGUAUCCCACCUGGGUGCCGUGGAACUGGCAGAGCAGCUCUACCUCGGUCUUUGUGGCCACCGCCACUGCGCACUCAAUGGCUAUCAUCGAGAAUGCCUUGGUGGUGCUUAAUUUGUGCACCUAUCCGGAUACGUAUCUCAUCAUGCUAAGUGCCCACACUAAGGCGCUGGCCUGGCGCGUCUCCCGUCUGGGUCAUGAUAGCCGCCAGACGCGGGAGGAGGUUUACCAGCGCUUGAUUGGCUGCAUCCGGGAUCAUCAGACAAUUUUAAACCUUUUCCGGCUGCUGGAGGAGUCCUUGUCGAUGACCUGCUUCCUGCAGUUCUUCUGCACGGCCGGCAUCCAGUGCACCAUCUGUUAUUUCCUGGUCUUUGAGCAGAUCGGGAUCAUGCGCUUUCUAAACAUGUUGUUCCUGCUGAUGGCAUUGACCAGCGAGACCCUGCUCCUGUGUUAUAUCUCGGAGCUGGUGUGCCAGGCGGGUGACAAUCUCCUGGCGGCCGCCUAUAGCUGCAAUUGGCUGGACCAGCCCGUCCACUUCCGGCGGCUGCUCGUCUUCAUGCUGUUAUAUUGCCAGAAGCCGCUGAUCCUUGUCGCCGGUGUGGUGCCGGUGAGCAUGAACACCUUCCUGGCGGUCUGCAAGGGAGGCUAUACCAUGCUCACGCUGCUCAACGAUAUGCGUUAAAAGGAUCUGGAAUAUAAGGAUGAAAUGUAGAAGGAAUACAUUUUGGGGAAUACUGGACCUUAAUACAUAGAGUCCACCGUUUAGUUUUGCACUUAAUA